AUGGCUUGUAGACUUCAUCUGGUUUUGAUCAUCUCCUACGUUCAUCUGAUUUGCUUAUCAAGUCAACAAGAUACCGAGUUUGUCUACAAUGGCUUCGAUAAAGCAGAUCUUUUCAUCGAUGGUCUGGCCAAGAUCCUACCUGGUGGGCUUUUGCAGUUGACAAAUACCACAGAGUUGCAAACAGGUCAUGCUUUCUUCAAGCAGCCGUUUGAUUUUGAUCAAUCUUCAUCACUCUCCUUCUACACACAUUUCGUGUGUGCGCUGGUGCCUCCUAAGUUAGGAGCUGAUGGUGGCCAUGGGAUUGCUUUUGUUGUAUCUCCUUCCAUGAAUCUCUCUCAUGGAUCUGCAACUCAGUUCUUGGGCGUCUUUAGCAUCUCAACGAAUGCGACUUCCUCUUCUCAUCUGCUGGCUAUUGAGCUUGAUACUGUCAAGACAGUAGAGUUUAAUGAGCUUGAAAAGCCUCAUGUUGGGAUUGAUGUGAACAGCCCCAUCUCUCUUGAAUCUGCUCUUCCUUCUUACUUUUCCAACACGUUAGGUAAGAAUAUAAGCAUAAAUCUCUUGAGUGGGGAGCCUAUCCAGGUAUGGGUGGAUUACGAUGGUUUCUUGCUAAAUGUUUCUCUGGCUCCUAUAGAAAUCAACAAACCAGACCGGCCUCUUAUAUCAAGAUCCAUCAAUCUGUCAGAGAUAUUUCAAGAAAAGAUGUAUGUUGGCUUCUCUGCAUCAACAGGGAACCUUCUCAGUAACCAUUAUAUACUUGGAUGGAGUUUUAGUAGAAGCAAAGAGCGUUUACAGAGCUUGGACCUCUCUAAACUCCCUCUUGUUCCUCUUCCUAGAGAGAAGGAAAAGAAACUAUCUCCACUGAUUAUUGGUUUGGUCGUCCUAUUGAUGAUCCCUAUGCUGAUGGUUCUUGCAGGAGUUUAUGUGUAUAGGAGAAAAAAGUAUGCAGAAGUAAGAGAAUCUUGGGAAAAAGAAUAUGGUCCACACAGAUUCUCAUACAAGUCUCUGUACAAAGCAACGAAUGGGUUUAGCAAAGACUGUCGUGUUGGGAAAGGUGGUUUUGGUGAAGUCUACAAAGGAACUCUGCCUCUAAACAGAGAUAUAGCUGUGAAGAGACUGUCACACGAUGCAGAGCAAGGAAUGAAACAGUUUGUGGCAGAAGUUGUAACAAUGGGAAGUUUACAGCACCGGAACUUGGUUCCUCUUGUUGGGUACUGCAGGAGGAAAGGUGAGUUGCUUCUGGUCUCUGAGUACAUGCCUAAUGGUAGUUUUGACCAGUACUUGUUUCAUGACCAAAACCCUUCUCCUUCAUGGUUGCAAAGGAUCUCUAUUCUUAAGCAUAUUGCCUCGGCUCUCAGUUACUUACAUACAGGAGCCACACAAGUUGUUUUGCACCGGGAUAUAAAAGCUUCUAACGUCAUGUUAGAUGGUGAAUUUAACGGAAGGUUAGGAAAUUUUGGUAUGGCCAGGUUUCAUGACCCUAGAGGCAACUUAUCUGCAACAGCCGCCGUGGGAACCAUAGGUUACAUGGCUCCUGAGCUAAUAACAACAGGAACUUCUACGAAAACCGAUGUGUAUGCCUUUGGUGCUUUCCUUCUUGAAGUAACUUGUGGAAGACGACCUGUGGAACCUGAGAUGCCAGUUGAAAAGAAGUAUUUGGUUAAGUGGGUCUGCAAAUGCUGGAAACAAGCUUCUUUGCUUGAGACCAUUGAUCCAAGAUUGGGAAGAGGAUUCUCACCUGAAGAAGUCGAGAUGGUUCUGAAACUUGGCUUGCUCUGCACAAAUGCUAUGUCUGAACCAAGACCUACCAUGGCACAAGUGGUGCAAUACCUAAACCGAGACUUACCCUUGCCGGAUUUCUCACCGGAUACUCCAGGUAUUGGAGCUUUUAUGCCGGUUUCAAUGGUAGCAGAAUCUGCAAUUGAGGUCCCUAGUGUAAGAAACUCAUCAUUUUCUAUGUUUGUUACUCACACGAUCUUGGACGGGCAUGGAAGAUGA